AUGGCCAUGGUGGUUUCCGGCCCGAACCACGUGGCCAGGGCUCGUCUCCUCCUCCGCCGCCUGUCACAGACCUGUGCGUCUCUCGGGCUCGUAAUAAACAAGGGAAAGACGAAGGCCAUGGCUAUCCACCACCGUUGCCUCCCCGAGCCCCUUGAGCUUGACGGCACACCUGUCCCCUGGGUGCACGUCCAUAAACAUCUAGGCGUCACCAUAGAUUCCAGGCUCUCCUUCGGCCCCUACGUCAACCAACUUAGUCAAACCGUAGUGACCCGCACCAACAUCAUGCGAGCCCUGGCCAGGACUGCUGGAGGUGCCAGCGACCGGGUAUUGCGGCUAUUCUAUCUCCAGGCAGUGAGGGCCUGUGUUGACUACAGGACGCCAUGCCUAAUGACGGUGGACCCUGCUGCUCUCCGCCCUCUGGAGACGGCCCAGAAUGCGGCGAUCCGCACCAUCUUAGGGGCCCCUCGGUGGACCAAAUGCUUAUGCAUGAGGGUCAAUCAGCGAGGGUCAAUCAGCUCGCCGUCGGCCACCUGGGCGACGGUAGCGGCGACCAAACUCAGGUCCACCCUCCUCUCCCAGUGUUUCCUGAUUGUCCCAGAGCUCCCCCCCCCCUGGCUACACCACACCUCCCCCGUGGGCACCAGUCACGUUCACGGCCACCAUCAAGCCUCUGCCAACAAAAAAAAGGCCCUACUGACACCGCAAAGCCUCGCGAGGGAGGCCAGGGACAGAGAGACGGAGGCGGCCGUGCCCCAAGCAGUCGCUUACUACACAGACGGCUCCGUCAACCACCUCACCGGGGCUGUCGGGGCGGCGUUCGUCACGGUGGGCCACGCAGAGAUCUUCCGGCUGCCUGACGGCUCCUCCUCAACACAGGCGGAACUGACAGCGAUCAACAGGGCGCUGGGACAUGCGGUUGAGUGGGGCAGGGACCCGGUCCUGGUACACUGCCACUCGGUGCCGGCCAUACGAUCACUGUACCAGGACCCAUUGCAUGACAACGUCUCCCUCCUCCCGAGCAUCUACGCCCGGCUGCAGGAACUGGGAAGGUCCGGCCGACAAGUACACAUAAACUGGUUGCCCAGCCAUGCAGGCAUGGUGGGCAACGACGCUGCUGAUCGCGCUGCCGGCGAGAAUCACUACUCCCCAGCGUAG